AAUCAGGGAAAUGUCAUUCGCUGUCAUUGAGAAAGAGAGAUGCCAAAAUGGCAAUUACUUUACGAGAAAGGUUUACAAUAAAUCGCAUGGCAAACUUGUAUACGAGCAUUAUCAACGAGAACUUCAGGCGUUCAAACAACUCAGGAUAGCCUCAAUGAAGGAUUCUAUUGAAAACCAUAUUAUCUAUCUUUUGGAUCAUGAUGAGACACCCAACGCUUACAGGCUAAAGUUUCCUUAUUAUUCUCAAAAUUUGGAAAGCUUUAUAUAUACGCACGAAAGCGAUGUUGAACUGGCAAAAAAAUUCCUCUUACAAAUUGCACAAGGAUUGCAUUAUAUUCAUCAACACAAUAUCGUACACUGUGACUUGAGCCCAAGUAAUAUUUUGAUACAAUCAGAAAGUUGUAUCAUGAUCAGUGACUUCGGCUGUGCACAGGCUGUGUCUGAUACUAGCAUGAUAAGUAGCAACAGAAAAAGAAGGCAAGAUUUCGUUUUUGGCACAAGAUGGUAUAAAGCACCAGAACAUCUAUUCGGCUCAACGGUGUUCGCUCCAGCGACUGAUAUAUGGUCACUUGGUGCUAUCUUUGUUCAGUUGCUAAUAGGAUACCCGAUAUUUGUAGGUCAAACUGACAUUGAGCAAAUUGGACAAAUUACCUUUCGAAUAGGUAAAGCCUCAGUGGAGACCCAAAUCGAGGAAAUGGUAAAUUAUCCAGAUUUCGACAAAUUGAACUUUUUCUUUACAGAGGAUGAUAUAGAUGGUGAAGAAGAGUUUGAUUUGACCGACGAAGAAUUACAAGCUAGGAAACCGUUAGAUGAGAUUUUUGCAGCAGAAAAUGUGCCAGAAGUCCUACAGCUUAUCUCCAAAAAAAUGUUGACGUGGUCCGUAAGGAACAGACUAUCUGCUAAGCAUAUCAUCGCCUUAUUGACUGAAUAA